GCCGGGCAGCAGCAGGAUCGGUCGGUCCUGUAGUUCUUAUAAAUUACUGCUAGCAGCCAGAACCAGCAGUCAGGGGGGAGUAGUUUGUAUGUUACCGUGCCGCCGUGUGUGACUCUGAGCUCGGCUUGUCGUCGUCGGUGUGAUGGACGUGGACAAAAUGGAGGAGAAGGACUGGAAGUACCACGGGGAGGGAAACAAGAGCCUGGUGCUGUCCCACGUACAGCUUUCCAGAGUUUUGCGCCUGCUCAAGUAUCCUGCAGAAGACUCUGAAAACCCCCCACAGACGGUGGAGCAAGCCUUCAGGCAGAUCCAGAACAUUGUUGACUUCAGCUCCAACGUGAUGAGCAGCCUGCUGGGAGAGAAGUUCAUCCACAGCGGGGAAGUCGUCAAACUGCCGCUGGAGUUUGUGCGGCAGCUCUCCAUCAGAGUUCAACAUCAGAGACCAGCCUGGCGCUGUGAUAAAGUGAUGGACAUCUACAGCGGCUGUGCUCUCUGUCUGCCCAACCUGACAUCGCCAGUCCUCCACCAGCCAACACACACUCCUCCACUCUGCAUUGAGAUCAAGCCUAAAUGUGGCUUCCUGCCAUCCUCCAAACACGUCAGCAAAGACAUCAAAACCAAAGUGUGCCGCUUCUGCAUGCACCAACACUACAAGGUGGCGAGUGGGAAGUGGAGAAGACGCAGUCUGUACUGUCCUCUGGACCUGUUCUCAGGGAACAGACAGAGAAUGCACUUUGCCAUCAGACACCUGAUAGAGGAACCUCAGAACAACUUCAAAAUCUUCAAGGGCGGUCAGUGUAUUUACAGCAGUAAGGAGGGCAGUGACGACUCGUUGGACCUGAACUCUCUGCUGCAUCAUCUCAGACCGUACUUCCUGUACGGAAACAACCGAAUCAACACGACCAGCAAAGCUGUCCUCAACGACUUCAUCCAGGUCCUGGUGAACGCCCUGCUGAGUGGUGGUGGAGGAGGAGAUGGAGGGAUGGUGACGGAGAGACAAGGAGAAGGACGGAGCUUCUGUGAAGCAAGUCUUUUCAACAAGGAGCGGAUCCGACACGGCUCUCAGGGUUUACCCAGCGACAGCGUGUUGUUCAGGAUUCUUCAGACUCAGAUGUUGGACACGCAGGACAUCGAAGGACUUUACCCUUUGUACCACCGAGUGGAGCAACACCUGCAGGACUUCCCUAAAGAGAGUGUCAGAACCCGUCUUCAGAUAGACGGUCCGUACGACGAGGCCUUCCUGGAGAAGCUGCAGAAAUGUCCGACUGAAGACGACGGCUCAGUGGAGUUCGCUGUUGCCAAGGUCCAUCAGUACCGCGUCGCCAUGACGGCCAAGGAUUGCUCCAUCAUGGUUGCCCUGGUGCCGAGCAGUGAGAAAGAGGAGGACGAUGAAGGUCAGAGGCAGCUCAGGGACUUCCUCUCCUCCAGACCUCCUGCUUUCUCUUACUCUGUCUCCAUCUUGGAUCUGGACCCGAAGCCGUUCGACAGCAUCCCUCGCCAGCUGCGCCUGGACCAGAAGAUCGUCUCCUGCUACCUGAGGACCGGCGGUGCCUUGCCAAAGGGCUCUCUGCCGUCGCUGCCCGGCAUCUUCACGGCUGCAGAGAGAGAGGACUGCACGCUGCUCUUCCACCCCGUGUGAAAGGCUGACGAAGCGGAGGGGAGACGCCAUGUCGACACAGAGGUCUAGAAUCACUUAAAGCAGAGCUGUCAAAGACUUUUACUGCGGCACUUUCUCACGCUGACGGCCAUCAGCUCCCGCUGCUGCUCAGCAACAUUUAAAAUCUCCAGGAAGUCGCCAGACGUUUGAGCGACUUCCAGAUAUUUCUGUUACUGAUUCUAGAGUUGUGUCGUCCUCGUGGUGGCGACCGGCUUCUCGCUCCCGUCAGGAGGUUGAAUCCCGACGUCGCCGCUCCGACCUGUCGUAUUUAUUAGAAAACUCACAGGGAGGUUUGUUCUUUCCCCUUCGGGCGCCGCGACCUCGGCUUGACCUCCUUACGGGAUGUUUGCGGGCUGUUUGUUCUCGGAGGCGAAGUGAGGGAGGAGGGUGAAAGUGAAAGUACAGGAAAGGAGGUCGUGGAGGUGCGACGUAUGUAUGAUGUCAUAUCCUGAAUGUAGGCGGGGGGUCUCUGACGGAGGUCGGAUUGUGCUCUGUGAGGCAUCGCCAUAGUAACAGAAGCAGGGAGGAGGGGCGUGGAGGGUGUUUCAGUUCUCUGCUGGACUCCACGGAGGUUUCAUCACAUCACAACUCUUAAUUAAUUAAUUAGAUGAGAUGUAUCGAAAACCAGAGCGGCGCUUCGCCUCCUCGCUUCUGUUCAGUCGGUUUUUGGAUGUUAACGUUCUCUCAUCAGACAUUUGUGCCGAAAUGUUUAAAGAUUUUUUUAGUUUUUCCUCGAUCAGGGAGGUUGAGUGUCACUAAAAGGGUCAGCUCACCCAAGUUUAUUUAAGUUUUGAGAUUUCUGCCUCUUCUGAAAUCCGACGAAGAUAAUCCACAGAAGAUACUGUAGUUUUACAAUAGGAAACUUUUCAUUUGAAGGAAAAUCCAGUUUAUGAAACGUUCUUAAAGGUCCAGUGUGUCAGAUUUAUGAUGGCUGGAAUGAAAUACUCAUUAGUACGUACAAACCAAACUGACCUAGAGUUUUUCUUACAUGUUUGGAAGGAGAGGGUGAGACGUGAGAAAGACGGUGAGCCUUAAAAACUCGGCUCACCCUCAUUUGUUUCACAGCAGAGGCAGAAACCUCAGACACCCUUUAAACCUGACAAAGAACCAACAGCACUGUUAUAAACUAACGUUCAUUCAGACGAGCGAGGCAGUCCCAGCACCAACAAUUAACACGUUGUUGAAUUAACGCCUCUCUAACAGCGUCAGCACUAACACAGAGUUCUCUAUAUCAGUGACAGAGCUGUUGUAUCGUCUGUCCAUCGUUGGGUAAACGGACCUUUAGAGGUCCGGCUGGGAUCUCUGACGAAGCCGCUCUCGUCGGGUUCACGUGAAGUCGUUUGUGUCGCUAAAAGCACAUGUUAACUCUUAUCGUCGUUAGAAUAAUUCAGCGUGUUUAGUUCAGUCUAACAUUACCUCGUCGACUAACCCGGGUUGGAUAAGGUACAGUUACAUCACGCUCCGUGUCCCGUUCACAAUCGAACCACCAAGUUUAACGUUUCCCGUCGACUCACAGGUCAGAGUUCACCUUUGACCUGUGAGUUCACACAGUGAGCCGGGGUGAAGCAGAACGGGGGGGCGCUUCAUGUCUUCACCUGAGCGUCCCCGAGAUCGAUCUGACCCACCAGAGCAAGGGCUGCUGGGUAACAGAGCAACAAGCCGAGCUUCACGCCGCCGCUGGUUCUCCUUUUUUGGUGCCACAAGUGGCUUGUUGUGUGUUUGUGGUGAGUGUGUGUGUGUGUGUGUGUGUGUUGAGAAAACCUUGUUACAGGCUGCGUUCACUUCAGCUCCAUUCAGACUGACGUCAGGUCAGUUUUGGAGCCGCUGUGGACGCAGCUGUGAACUCUCAGUACCUCGAACUCGUGUCGGCUCAAACUGGGUCGUCUGAUGUUUGAAAGGAAAAAAAAAAAAAAGAUGUGUUCAAGAGCGCUGGGAUGUUUGAGGACGGUGAGACUUUCUUUGUUACGAUCAGCAGACGAUGUUUGUGCUCGGAUCAUCGUCCUCUCAAACCAGCAGCGCUCACGGAGGCUUCAGAUAAAACUGGUAACACUUGACUUCAGUUCCUCUGUUUACAGCGUCCACUCUCCACCCCUCCAACGUCUAAAGUCAACUCACACUACACGACUGAAACUCAAACUCUGAGUGUUUUCUGGAAACCCGUCAGCUGCUGCCUCGUCUAUCAGGAGCAGUUCUGUUAAAUCCAAACACUAAAACAAAACAAAACAGACAGAUUUAACUCUUUGAAUCAGAACACCGACUCUCAUAACUGCACACAGUUUGACCCUUUAAAGGCUGGAGAGUGGACGGCAGCUGAACUGAACCAACCACUGAUCGUUCUAACUGUUGAACUGAAGACGCGGCAGGCAGCACGGCGGGAGAGCGGAGGCUCAUGGGAGUCGGAUAGCUCUCUGUUGAAGAGUUGACGUCUCUCUGACGUUUUAAAAACAACAACACGCAACCGCAACGACUCAGAUUUCAUAAAUCUUGUCAGUGUGGUCACGAGAAAACAGCCACAGUUUGUGCGUCAUUAAGUCACAGAGAUAAAGACGGCUGUAUGAAGGCAGCGCUGGUCGUAUCACGGUUAAAAACAUUAAAUUAGUGUUUGGUGUCCAUCUGUUAGUCUGAUAACUGUCAUCUCAGACAAAGACCAAAGAAAAACAAACGAGUUAUGAUGAAUGUAAAUAUGAAAUAGUUUAAAUACAGACAAAUAUGUAAAGUUCUUAUUUUUUAGUUGACUCAACUCAAGGUUCACUUACUGCUUCGUUGUGAAGCGUCCAUCAUGGACUUCAUCAGUAGACUGAGUUAGUUGUUGACUCCAGCCAGCGUCUUUCCACGUUUAUAAAAACCAUAUUUGUUAUUUUACAUAAAGAACCUUCAAGGAUCCUGGAAAUCUCUUCAAGGCGGCUGUCGGUUACUGUUGUUCAGAUAUUUAAAGGUGAGAAACUUUUCUCCGUCGUCAGAGAGACGAAGCUCCGACAGGUGAGCUGUCGUCUGAUUGGUCGUCUGCCUCCGCCCGCUGCCUGAGCGUCGGCCUACAGAAACAUCACAGCACUGUGAUACCUACAGACUUCUAAUAACUGCGUGUGUGUACAUAGCUGAGAGAAGAAAACUAUUUGAGAAUACAAAGGCGACACUGCUGUCUGGCAUUUUGUAUUUAAAUUAUUUAUUUUUGUAGAUUUUGACUGAGCUCUGCUGUCACAGCCGUCACAGUCGUGCUCUUUCUAUUGAAUAAAGAUUUCUAAGAGACUAAA